AUGGGAAGGAAGCACGUGUCUUCACUAGCCUUUAUACUCCCCCUCUUAGCCAGCACCGCAGAUGCGGCGUCAGACCCCGCCCGGCCGCGGGGUGUUGGUCCCGAGUUUGCAAAGUACUACAAGGAUGCCGAGACAUUUACUUGUAUCUCGAAUCCGGCCAUCAAGCUUCCCGUUGCACGCUUGAACGACGACUACUGCGACUGCCCCGAUGGCUCUGACGAGCCAGGCACAUCGGCAUGCUCCUACCUCUCGCCCCUCUCCCCGCCGCAGCCCUUGGGCUUCCAAGGCAAAGACGUCAAUUCCACGCCGGCUCUGCCUGGCUUUUACUGCAAGAACAAAGGCCACCAGCCGAGCUACAUUCCCUUUACCAACGUCAACGACGGCGCAUGCGACUACCAACUAUGCUGUGACGGCAGCGACGAAUACGAGCGUGUAGGAGGUGUCAAGUGCGAAGACAAAUGUGCGACCAUCGGUAAAGAAUGGAGGAAGGCGGACGAGGCGAGACAAAAGAGCCUGACUUCUGCAAGACAGAAACGGAAGGAGCUGGUGGCUGAGGCUGGCCGUAUGCGCAAGGAGGUCGAGGACCGCAUACAGACGCUCAAGACACAGAUCGAAGGCGCGACACUCAAGGUAGAUGGCCUGACAAAGAGCCUCGCCGAGAUCGAGAGGGCGGAGCGAGGCAAGGUCGUCAAAGGCGCAGGAAAGGGCGGCAAAGUUACUGUGCUGGCCAGCUUGGCCAAAGAGAGGAUCCAAGAGCUCACCGAGAACGUCAACCGUGUGCGAGACGAGAGGAACGCGGCACAAGCCAGGAUCGAGGAGCUCGAGGGCAUGUUGAAGCGCUUCAAAGACGAGUACAACCCCAACUUCAACGACGAGGGUGUAAAGCGUGCCGUGCAGGCCUGGGAGAACUACGCAGCACAAGAGCGUACAGGUCCCAACACCGCUCUCGACCGCGAUCUCGAUGAGAUUCUGAAGCCAGACUCUGAGAGCGCUAUCAAGUGGGAAGAGUUCGAGACAGUUGAAGAGUCCGAUGUAGAGCUUCUCUACAAAUUCGAAGAAUACCUCCCCGACUCUAUCCGUAGCUGGGUGGACAGCAAGCUUCGCGACUUGCGCGUCAUGCUCAUCGAGAACGGUAUCCUUGCAGACCCUACGACCGGCGACACACCUGAAUCCAAGGCCGUUACCGAUGCCAAGUCGCAGCUAGAUUCUGCGAAGAAGGAACUCGAGGGAGACAAGUCGGAACUUUCAAAGCACGAGGAAGAUCUCACCAAAGACUACGGCCCAGACUCUAUUUUCCGCGCCCUGAGAGACCGAUGCACAUCCACCGACUCCGGCGAAUACACAUACGAGCAUUGCUUCCUUUCAAAGACCACUCAGAAGCCUAAGAAGGGCGGCGGUCACACUGGCAUGGGUAACUUUGCACGCAUUGAAUCCAUCACCGUCGAUGAAGAGCUUCCUGCCGACGGAAGGGGCUUGGGCAGCGGUGAAAGAAUCGCGCUCAAGUACGAGAACGGCCAGCAUUGCUGGAACGGACCGAACAGAAGCACCAUGGUCAUCUUAGCCUGUGCGGAGAAGGAUGAGAUCUGGAAGAUCGUCGAAGAGGAGAAGUGUGUAUACCGAAUGGAAGCCAUUCCCGUGAGGAGCUUACACAGCGCGAUGUCAAAUAUAUGCGGCUUUACAUCAGCUCGCAUUAGUCUCAUGAUCCGCAAGCUGAUCGACAAUACUCCUAGGCACGUAUUCAGUGAUCCAAAACACAAAAUGUCGCCCGAAGAUGGAUCGACCAAGACUACCUUCAGAAACCAUGAGACUUUUCCGAUAGCAAUUGUCGGCGGUGGUCUUGGUGGCCUUGCCCUUGCAAUCGGCCUGCUCAGAUAUGGUGUCAAAGUACACAUCUACGAAGCUUCCGCAGCCUUCUCAGAGAUAGGCGCUGGUGUCACAUUCGGCGCCAACGCCACGACUGCGUUACACUUGAUCGACCCCCGAUUGCUGGAAGGCUUCAUGAAACAUGCGACUUUCAAUACAGAUCCUGAGCGGGAUGAUACUUUCAACACGAUUAGAUGGGGUAUGGAUGAGAGACGAACCCAUGGAUCUAAAGCUGGAGACCUCGCGUUCCAUCAGAACGACUCAUAUCAGCCACAGGGUGCGCUAGCCGGACUUCGGAUGCGAGGUCGUAUACACCGAGCGCGGCUACUCGACGAGAUGGUUGCGCUUCUUCCUACGGACAUAACAAGCUUCAGCAAGAGCUUCGAAAGCGUCGAAGAAGUGGGUAAUGGAGUCCUUAAGCUAACAUUUACCGACGGGACGACUUCACUAGCUAGCGCAGUCAUUGGCUGUGACGGCAUUAAAAGCAGAGUACGGGGCUUUGUAUGUGGUCCAGACAUUCAGCCGGAAUAUGCCCACGAAAUAGCGAUGAGAGCGAUGGUUCCAGGAGAGGAAGCCAAGAGGGCACUUGGAGAAGAGAUGGCUAUGAACAGCCAGCUGUACUGUGGCUACGGAGGAUACAUCGUAACAUAUCCUGUCGAGCAUGGUCAAUUUGUCAACAUGGUUGCCAUGCCGCACGACCAAUCCUUCACCAGUACUUGGGGUCAGGACGACUGGACAGUAUCAACAAAUGGAGACGAGGUUCGCGAAAAGUUUAGAGACUAUUAUCCGCCGCUCAUCGAUCUCAUUGCCAAAUACCAUCUGCCCUCCAAAUGGGCACUCUUCACCCUCCAACACAAUGCAUCAUACUUCAAGAAUCGUAAGUGUCUCCUGGGUGAUAGUGCACACGCCACGACACCUCACAUGGGAGCUGGGGCUGGCAUGGCUAUGGAAGAUGCAUAUAUACUUAGCCACCUGAUCGUUACUGCUGGAAGCAUCGACAACAUCGAGGCUGCUUUCAAGGCCUACGACGCUGUAAGACGGCCAAGGACGCAGGAAUUGAUUCAACGGAGCAUGGACGCAGCUCUAGCAUACGACCUCAUGAUUGAAGGAGUAAAGGAUGACAUGAGCAAGGUCGAAGAUAGGAUCAACGAGAGCUUUCAAUGGCUCUGGCAUGCGGAUUUGGAAGCGCAGUUGAACAGUGCGAAAAAGCUCUUGAAGGAAUAA